GGGAAGAAAAGAAGGCCUAGAAAGAGUACCUGAGAGUGGGUUGGGGGAAGUUAAUGAAUGGUUUUAAACAGAGUGAUCUGAAAGACCCAGGUUGAGGAGGAGGUGUUUGAGCAAAGACUUGGAGGAGAUAAGAGAGAACCUGAAUACAGCCGAGUGAAGUGCUGUCAGCAGAAGAAACUACAAAUGCCCCUGAGAUGAGAAUGUGAUUGUCAUAUUGGAGGAAUGACAAGAAGGCCAGUGUGGCUAGAACAGGAAGUGGGACAGACGCUAGGAGGACAGCCAUGAAGCUGCUAUGGAUGGCCCUGCUGCUAGUGGCCAUUUGCGUCUCCACUGUCCAGGGCUUGCCAGAGGAGGAUUUUAGGGAAGCCAGCAUCAACAUAUCCCAGCCCUUGCAUAUCGUGGAGGAAGGCAACCUGUUAGUGCUAACACCUCCUGGCCUAAUCCAGAUGCUGAACCAGACUCGUUUCCUCAUGGUGCUUUUCCACAACCCAUCCUCCAAACAAUCCAGGAACCUGGCUAAGGAGUUGGGCAAAGCCGUGGAAGUCAUGGGCAAAGGCAAGAAUGGGCUCGGCUUUGGCAAAGUGGACAUUACAGUCGAGAAGGAACUUCAGAAGGAGUUUGAUGUUAAGAAGGCCCCAGAGUUGAAGCUGUUCUUUGAAGGCAACAGGUCGGAACCCAUCAGUUGCAAAGGAGUGGUUGAAUCUGCUGCCUUGGUCGUUUGGUUGAGAAGACAAAUUAGCCAGAAAGCAUUUUUGUUCAAUAACACCCAGCAAGUGUUAGAGUUUGUGAAAUCUAGGCCCUUGGUCAUUGUUGGCUUCUUCCAGGAUUUAGAGGAAGAAGUGGCAGAGUUGUUCUUUGAUAUGAUCAAAGACUUCCCAGAACUAACAUUUGGAGUAAUAUCAAUUAGCAAUGCCAUUGGGCGUUUCCAUGUCACCCUUGACAGUCUUCUGGUAUUCAAAAAGGGAAAAAUUGUGAAACGCGAGGAGCUUAUUAAUGACAUUACCAACAAACAAGUCAUCAAUCAAGUCAUAAAACAGCACCUCACAGAUUUUGUUAUUGAAUACAACACUGAGAACAAGGACCUGAUUUAUGAAUUGCAUAUCCUGAAUCACAUGCUGCUCUUCGCCUCCAAAAGCUCAGAAUCAUUUGGUAUGAUAAUGAAGCAUUAUAAGUUGGCAUCAAAGGAAUUUACAAACAAGAUCCUUUUCAUCCUUGUGGAUGCAGAUGAACCCAGAAACGGACACAUCUUCAAAUAUUUCAGGAUCACAGAGGUUAAUAUCCCAUGUGUCCAAAUCUUAAACUUAAGUUCUGAUGCGAGGUACAAAAUGCCUUCUGAGGAGAUAACCUAUGAAAAUCUCAAGAAAUUUGGCCGCAGCUUCCUGAAUAGAAGUGCCAAGAAACAUCAAUCCAGUGAAGACAUUCCAAAAUAUUGGGACCAGGGGCCAGUUAAGCAGCUCGUUGGGAAGAACUUCAACGUGGUGGUCUUUGACAAGGAAAGGGAUGUAUUUGUGAUGUUCUAUGCACCCUGGUCAGAAAAGUGUAAGGCGUUGUUCCCAGUGUUGGAGGAGUUGGGCAGAAAGUAUCAAAACCACUCGACAGUCACCAUUGCCAAGAUUGACAUCACGGCAAAUGAAAUUCAGCUAAUGUACCUAGACCGGUACCCCUUUUUCAACCUGUUCCCCACCGACACUCAACAAGCUAUAAUGUAUACAGGAGAACAUACCAUGAAGGGCUUUUCUGACUUCCUGGAAAGUCAAAUCAAGACCAGGAUUGAGGAUGAGGAUGAGCUGUUGUCUAUUGAGGAAAGUGAAUUGACAGAAGAGGAGGCAUUAGCUGAAGAAAAGAAGUUACCUUUUAUCAAGGAAGAGUUAACUGAACAGAAGGUGCUUGAGCUGGAGAAUGUGACAAAGCUGGAAGAGCCAGCUGGGCAGAAGGAAACAGCCAAGGAGGAGAAAGAAAAGGUGGCUAAGCCAAAGGGACCUCCAAAACAAGAGAAGAAACCAAAAGUGAAGGAAGAACUGUAGUUUCUCCAAAGCCAAGAGCCAUUUCCCAGGUCCUGGCAUCAUUUUCUAAAUGGAUAUAGUCCAAAAAAAUUAUAUAU